CACAUUUCGUGAUUUUGGUUUAUCAAUACGCUUCAUAUGUGCAUUAAUGAUAUCAUUGUAUACGAGAUAUAUAUAUAUCAGCGACCACGACACAUGUAUAAUCGACAAUGAUCUGAAUCGCUCUCGCCUUUGGCUUUAGUAGAGAAGACAAUGCAACAUGUAAUUAACACCACAUUGUUAUCAUUACCCACAUGCAACGGCCAUCGUGCAAAACCACAAACACCUUUCUUAUACUAUAUAUAUAUGAUAUGCGCAUAAGUAAUGAGGUUCUUUGUUAGGCCUUCAUAAAUAAGCUCAUCCACAACAACGUUAAUCCAUAUCCUCUUCAUUCUACAUCACUGAUACAUACCAACCGCAGCCUAACAAUCUGCAAAUAUUUGUUACACCCGAUUAAUUUAUUUACUAUAAUUACUCAAACCUAUUCUCGGAUUUUCGUUUGAUAAUCCCCAAAUUUGAGUGUUUGGGGGAAAGGGCCCAUUUUUCCUUUGAUUCUUUUGUUUAGUUUCUGUGAAUGAUGAAUGAUAAAAGGAGAGAGGGAGAGAUGGAGAAGAAAGGCAAGAUUCUGAUGCGCAAAUACGAGAUGGGGAAGGUGCUAGGGCAAGGAACGUUCGCGAAGGUUCACCACGGUCGCGAGCUGAAAUCGGGGGAGAGCGUGGCGAUCAAGAUGAUCGACAAGGAGAAGAUCAUGAAGGUGGGGCUGAUCGAGCAGAUCAAGCGGGAGAUCUCGGUGAUGAGGCUGGUCAAGCAUCCCAACGUGGUCCAGCUCUACGAGGUGUUGGCCAGCAAAUCCAAGAUCUACUUCGUGAUGGAGUACGUCAAGGGCGGCGAGCUCUUCAACAAGGUCGCCAAGGGCCGCCUCAAGGAGGACGCCGCCCGCCGCUACUUCCAGCAGCUCGUCGCCGCCGUCGACUUCUGCCACAGCCGCGGCGUCUACCACCGCGACCUCAAGCCCGAGAACCUCCUCCUCGACGAGCACGGCAACCUCAAGGUCACCGACUUCGGCCUCAGCGCCCUCAUCGACUCCAAGCGCCACGACGGCCUCCUCCACACCACCUGCGGCACCCCCGCCUACGUGGCGCCGGAGGUCAUCAACAAGCGCGGCUACGACGGCGUCAAGGCCGAUAUCUGGUCGUGUGGGGUCAUUCUGUUCGUGCUGCUUGCCGGGUAUCUCCCCUUCCACAACUCCAAUUUGAUGGACAUGUAUAAGAAGAUCAGCCGCGGCGACUUCCGCUGCCCCCACUGGUUCCCGCCGGAGGUCAGGAAGCUCCUCUCGCGGAUCCUCGACCCGCACCCCUCCUCCAGGAUCACCAUUAACAAGAUCAUGGAGAAUUCCUGGUUCAGGAAGGGCUUCCAGCCUCCCAUGUUUCAGGACUUGUUCAACGAUGAUAAGAAUCCCAUUAUUGAGGUUGUUGAUUCCGACUCCGAAUCCUGCAGCUCCUCCUCCUCCUCCACGCAUUACAUGAACGCCUUCGACCUCAUCUCGCUCUCGCCGGGCUUCGACCUGUCGGGGCUGUUCGAGGACGAGCGCGGCGGCAGCCAACACGCCUGGUUCACCACCACGCAGCCGCCGGCGAUGGUGGUGUCGAAGCUGGAGGAGCUGGCCACCACGGAGAGCUUCAAGAUCAAGAAGAAGGACGGGGUGGUGAAGAUGCAGGGGAAGAAGGGGGGGCGGAAGGGGCAGCUGGGGAUCGACGCCGAGAUAUUCGAGGUGGCGCCGUCGUUCCACAUGGUGGAGGUCAAGAAGUCGUCCGGCGACACGCUCGAGUAUGUCAAGUUUUGCGAUCAAGAGCUGAAGCCUUCGCUCAAGGACAUAGUGUGGAGUUGGCAGGGGAAGCAGCUUCCUGCAUGAACACAUAUAUAUAUAUAUAUUUGGGUUUCAAUUAGUUUAGAUUUAUCGGUGUGUGUACAUACAAUCCAUCGAUUCUUCAUUGUAUCUGUAAUUGUGCAUAAUUUGCUUUCUUUCAACUAGAUUCAUCUGUAGGAGUUCCUCACCCAGAAAACAUGAUUGAGUUGACACCUAAUUCUUGAUUGGUUUUUCUGUGAUGCUGACCACACAGUUGGAAUCAAGUCUUGAGAGAUAUAGAUUGUGAUUUUAUUGCAAAUGAAUCAUUUUCAUACCUUAUUAAGGCC